AUGGCCUGCCUGGGGAACCGGGGGUUGGCGGCCAGGCGUGGGCCCCGCAGCGUUCAGCGGGGUCCCUGGGAUCCCCAGCUGCCUUCCUGCCAGCGGCUUCCCCAGAGCCUCCGGAAGGCGCCGCUCUCCGUGCGCCACACUGACCUCGGAGGUGGAAGCCAGCUGCCAGUUUACGUAGAGGAGCUCAGGAGGACUCCGGACUCCACUUCUGAUGUGGACCUAAACCGCAUCACCACCACCACUGGACUCAAGUCAUCAACAAACCACAAGGCAUCGACAAACCAUAACCCCACCAUCCUUACCGACGCCCGAGAGAGCAGUGGCACCCAGCAGCUAACGGUGACGGUUGUUCGAGGAGAAGAUGGAUUUGGAUUCAUAAUCUUCUCCGACGGUCCAGUAAGAGUUCAGGGGGUCGAACUAGGAGGUCCGGCUCAUCGCUCCGGCCUUCGUCGCGGAGACUCCGUCCUGCAGCUCAACGGUCUUCCUGUCGAAAACUGGAAGUGUGUGGACCUCGCCAAUGCCAUCAGGAGCUGUUUGUCUCAGAUUGUGUUGGUGGUGUGGCGAGGUCUACCUGAGCUCAGGUCAGGAUGUGAGGAGUUUCUCCAACCACCAACAAACAAACAGACAACCAGCAGAAAGCUGCUGCCUAAACCCACCAACAGUAAACAUGGCCGCCGACGCGGUCAAGGAUCUGGGGUCCGGUCUAGUUUGGGGGUUCUGGGUUCUCUGUGGAAGGACAGGAUGGAGGAACAGGAUGAGGGGGAUAGAGAGGGGGCGGCGACCCAGAACUCUUGCACCACCACACUAAAGGGUACCCGAGUGACAUCAUCAGAUGGAGACAACUAUAUCUUUCUUUCCCCUGUGAUCCGAGGAGGACAGCUGCUGCAGCCGGUUUACCAUGACAGUAAUGGAACCAUCGGCCGUCUGUACCAGACUCAUCCCAGUAGAGGUCAAAACCUCGUCCACGACCCUCAACCUGGGUUGUCAGGGCAACUUCUCAAUAGUUACACCUCUACCCUGCCACCGCCUCUAUGCACCACCUCUUCAUCAGCCCCGCCCAGUAACUACAAUGACUAUCAAAACUGCAACAUUGUCCAAUCACACCUGGCCUGCUCUGGCUAUGGAACCUACGUCACCCUGGCGCCCAAAACCCUCAUCUUCCCCAUCUUUGUCCAGCCUCUGAACCUCUGCAGUCCAGACAGAACCCUGCUGAUGUUGGAGAAAAUGAUUCUCCACCAGGCCCACAUCCUGCCUGCAAAGGUGACAGUGUUGAUCUACAGUGAUCUCCUGCUUUUCACCAGAGAGGACGAAGCUGGACGUUGUAACGUCCUUCAGAGUCCUCUGUACCUGAACACCCUGCAGCUCAGAGAGGUGCCCUCUGAGCCGCUGCACAUCUACUUCCUGCAGAGCUCCCAGACUCGGUGGCGUCGUAUCUUCAUUCUCGAGGCGUUCAGCGUCGAGCAGAGACUUAGAGUCAGUCUCUGUCUCCAUGACAACGUACAGUCGUUAGCUCAAAACCACCAGCUCUCAGACCUUCCCUCAGAUUUUUGCCUCCUCUCCCUCGGUCAGUCUGACCAUCUCACUCAGGGUUCCUUCUCUUCCUCUUCAUCUGAUCCUCCCCUCACCCACCCAACUUCCUCACCCUGUGACCUACUCACACCCCCCCGCCUGUCUACCUACAACUCCACCACUACCUUCCCCUACUCCAUUCCUCCUUCCCCCUUCUCAACUUUCUCCCCAUACACUUCCGCCUCUUCACCUAAUUCUAUAUCUUGUCAGCGCCUUCUCCAGCCUUCUCCCUCUCCAAUGGGGAAGGAGAGAGGAGGAGCAGAGGAAACCUCAGAAACAUUAGAGAAUGUGGAAAGAGUUGGAGGGCGGGGCUUCUUGCUCAGCUCUUACCAUCUCCACAUGAUGGAAGAAGAGGAGAUGAGUGAUGAAGAGGAGGAGGUGUUCACCUUCACCCCUAGACUUGCAGAUCUGCGACGCUCUCUCUCCGAGGGUUCUCUAGUGCAGGAACCUCGGGCGCACCGCUCCGUGUCCGACAGCAGCAUCCAUCGACUAACCAGCCCCUUGAACUUUGACCCUGAACCCGGCACAGGGUCCUUCCCCCGCCUCCCUUCCAUCCACGCCCUGAGGAAACAGCUGACCAAGGAAGAGGGGUCACUGCACCACAUGCUGCUGCUGCUCAAUGGCACCAAGGAUGAAGAUGUUAGAAGCUUUCAACCGAGGAAGAAGACCAAGAAUCUGGCCGCUGGAGUGCGUAGCCGCCUGCUGUUUCUACGGCGGCAAGAAGACAGCACCUUUUCCCAUUGUAACAGUCUGGAGAAAGCUCUGAGGAACAGGCCGUCUACAGGAGAGGUGAUCAGGUGGGGGACGGGUUUGGAAGCUCUGUUGACCAAUCAGUAUGGUCUGGCGGUGUUCCGCCACUUCCUGAAGUCAGAGUUCAGCGAGGAGAACUUGGAUUUCUGGUUGGCAGUGGAGAAAUUCAAGAGGACACGCUCCCACAGCAAGAUGGCCUCCAGAGCUGCCAAAAUCUACGACGAGUUUGUUGCCGUCAACGCAUGGAGACAGGUCAAUGUGGACUCUUCUGUCAGGGAAUCAACCAAUCGGGGCCUGCGUGUCGGCGUUGACCCAAUGUCUUUCCAGCUGGCUCAGGAUCAGAUCUUGAGCCUGAUGGAGAGUGACAGUUACCCACGAUUCCUCAAGUCCCGCAUCUACGCCCAGUUGGCCAAUAAGGGCAGGCAGACAGCCACUGAGUCGUCCACUCAGAGUAUUCCCGGGCCUCUAUCGGUUGGCCAAUCAUGAGUGAGUAGGAGACAUAGGCUUCAUCUGACUCACGGGUUUAGAAAGAGCUUGCCAAUGACAUGAAACUUCAGUUGCAUCAUGGAAAUUAUAAGGAUCAAAUUGUUCUGGUCUCCUGCUCAGUUUGGUUUCUAUACUCUAUACUAUAAAAAAUAACUUUAUAUCUCAAAAGAGACAGAUGGAAAUACUUUCUUGUUCAAUGAUGUUAGCUUGUGUUAGCAUUUACAUUUUGAGUUUACAGAAGUAAAACCCAUCCAGAUGUUUGCUUCAGUUUUACUCUUUAGUUUCUUCUUGCAAAGCUAAAGAACUAAUGUUGUGAUGUUUAUAUGUCCUUUGUACUUUGAGUUUAGUGGUAAUCAGCUAAUGUUAGGAUCACUAUAACCAACAUGUUAGCAUCUGGAUAUUAGCAGUUUGUUGGUGUAACAUUUUAACUGUUAGCAUGGUAACACUCUAAACUAUGAUGUUAGCUUCUGUUAGCAUUUACAUUUUGAUUGAUUUUUGUUUGCUUUUCUUUUUUAGAAGAAGUUGGGGGAAUUUGUGUUUUUUAGACAUUAGAGAUUAAGUUGAGGUUAAAUUAACAGAAUACGAUUAGAAAACCGUUCUCACCUGUUGGAUGAAGAGAGGUGAUGAAAAAUAAAUGAUGAUGUCAGA